GUCGGGGGGAGGCUCGCUCUCCCCGCCUCCAGCCUCCGCCCGGGGGCCGGACGGGCCCCAGCAGAGGCCGCGAGCCCUCGCUGGGAGCGGCAGCUUUUGCUGCGCCAACGCUGUGGCCGGAGGCUCCGCGCACCUCUGGCCUGAUCCAGCCUGAAGAUGACCUCCCUGGCCUCUGUGGUGUCUAGCUCCCGUGCCCGGCUCUUCGCCUGCUUCCUCAGGCUGGGCUCUCAGCAGGCCAGCCCCCUGCAGCUGCACACGGGGGCCAGCCUCGCAGCCAAGAGCCACUAUGAGGUGCUGGUGCUGGGUGGGGGCAGUGGUGGGAUCACCAUGGCCGCCCGCAUGAAGAGGAAAGUGGGCGCAGAGAACGUGGCCAUCGUUGAGCCCAGCGAGACACAUUUCUACCAGCCCAUCUGGACCCUGGUGGGUGCUGGUGCCAAACCAUUAUCCUCAUCUGGCCGUCCCACAGCAAAUGUGAUUCCAUCUGGUGUGGAGUGGAUCAAAGCUAGGGUGGUUGAUCUGGAUCCAGACAAGAACUGCAUCCACACAGAUGAUGACAAGAAGAUCUCCUACAAGUAUCUUAUCAUUGCUCUUGGACUCCAGCUGGACUAUGAGAAGAUCAAAGGCCUCCCUGAAGGUUUUGCCCAUCCCAAAAUAGGGUCCAAUUACUCAGUGAGGACGGUGGAGAAGACAUGGAAAGCUCUGCAGGACUUCAAGGAGGGCAACGCCAUCUUUACCUUCCCUAACACUCCAGUGAAGUGCGCUGGGGCCCCGCAGAAGAUCAUGUACUUAUCAGAAGCCUAUUUCAGGAAGACUGGAAAGCGACCCAAGGCCAAUAUCAUUUUCAACACUUCUCUUGGAGCCAUUUUUGGGGUCAAGAAGUACGCAGAUGCCCUACAGAAGAUUAUCCAGGAGAGGACCAUUACAGUUAACUACAAGCAAAAUCUCAUUGAAGUCCGAGCUGAUAAGCAAGAGGCUGUUUUUGAGAAUCUGGACAAACCUGGAGAGACCCAAGUGAUUUCAUAUGAAAUGCUUCACGUUACACCACCCAUGAGCCCACCAGAUGUUCUCAAGACGAGUCCUGUGGCUGAUGCUGCCGGCUGGGUGGACGUGGACAGAGACACUCUGCAGCACAAGCGGUACCCAAAUGUGUUUGGGAUCGGGGACUGUACCAACCUGCCGACAUCAAAGACUGCUGCUGCCGUAGCUGCCCAGUCAGGAGUACUUGACAGAACAAUUUCCCUGAUUAUGAAGAAUCAAACACCAGUGAAGAAGUAUGAUGGCUACACGUCGUGUCCGCUGGUCACUGGCUACAACCGUGUGAUUCUCGCGGAGUUUAACUACAACGCUGAGCCCCUGGAGACCUUCCCUUUUGACCAGAGCAAAGAGAGACUUUCCAUGUACCUCAUGAAGGCUGACAUGAUGCCGUUCCUGUAUUGGAAUUUGAUGCUGAGGGGCUACUGGGGAGGACCAGCCUUUCUGCGGAAGUUGUUCCAUCUGGGUAAGAGCUAAGGAUGGCCCAGCCCUUGCUCUCCCUGGACGGCUUCUGGACCAGAAUCACAGCCAUGGAUUGACCAAAAGCAGAAUGAAGAACUCAGAACCCAACCCCAUAAAGAAUUUACUGCUGGAUGACAGUGACCAAAUGCCUCCCUUCUCAGUCCCUCCGGGCAGCUCCCACGCAGGCUGCUCAGGGCAAGAUUAUUUGGAAACAUUCAAAUGAAAAAAUAGACUUCUAUUUUUUAAAUAAAAGCUCCCACCGAUUGAGAUUCUAUGAGAAAAUUGGAUCUUGACUAGUGGUCUGAAAAGUUAUAGCUGUAGGGAGGAAAAGAUGGUGGUGGUGGGAUAGUUCACUUGUUACCUACUUUGACUUUUCGACUGAAAGCUGGCAUAAUUUCACCAGAGCCUGUCUGGAUUUCUAGAAACAAGAGUUAUUUCCAGGGAGAGUGUUAUUUGAAACAGUGCCUGUGAAGGCUGUGGCUAGAGCUGGUGCUGUGGCGGCUCAGGGGACUGGCCGCUGCCCCUCUGUUCCUCCGCUCUGUUCAUGCUGAGGCCACGUUCUCCCAGCCUGUGACUGACGCAGGGAGCACUCACGUUGGCCUGUUCCUACAGGACGCAUAAGUCCUCUACCGGCAACUUGGGCUCCAGAAUUUCCCAUCAGUCUGGCCAGAGCAUCAGGCCAGACUUAGAAGUGCAUCAGGCCUGAGGUGGCUCUUUCUCGUCCCUCCUUCCUUCCUCCCCCUCUUCUUCUCCCUUCCUCUUACAGGUGUCCCUCUCACAUCAUGGUCUGAAAGCCCUCCCUUGCCUUCUCCUGUUCCUUCUCCUUUAGCCUUGACAGACAUUUCCUCCACUAAAUCUCUUGCGAAUCCAAUUCUCUCAUGGCCCCUGCUUUGCAGAGAAUGUACACUUAGUGAGGGUGGGGUUGAUUCAGUACCAGUUUUGGCCAAGAAAAUUUUGAAUGAGAUCAUGUUGGAAACACUGCAGGAAGUAGUUUCAGUGGACUUGAAGUUCAGCAGCAGCUUCAAAAUCAUUUUUUCUCCAUUUAGUUUAUUUGGAAGCUUACAGUUUCAGGUUUCAGUUCAACCUGGUAUUUGAAAGCUUUGCAUGUUUCAUAUUUAUUUAUAAAUUCCACUAAAGGGCAGUGCAUAACUGUUUAUGCAAUAGAGUUCAAACCUAAACUGUUACCCAGUUUGAGGAACAGUGUUACUUAGGGUUGCUAAGUCUCUCUCGUUUCCUGAAGUUCCUGGAUGGCUUUAGAAGCUCUGCUCAGGCAUUUGUUCAUUAAUUUAGCAAAGAUUUACUGAGCUCCUAUGAGCUGCCAAACACUGCCUUGGCCCUGGAGAUGCAGUCGUGAUCCAGACAGAUAAGGGCCCUGCUACAGCCUCGUGGUUCCUGUGACAGUCGCCUCUCCUUUCCCUGGGAUGCUGGGAAGCUUGCUCAAAAAGGCCUUGGUUUGAUUUGGAAAGUAGAUUUUCUUCAGUAGCACAUGUUUCUGAGGAGGAAAGGGAGUACUGUCCUUGCAACAGACUUCUCAUUUGGCAAUAGAAGUGGGAGAUGUUUUCUGGAUGACCACACUCUGGUUUGUCUGGGGUUUUCUUUCUGGCAUAGCUUUAAUAGCACCGCUCCUCCCACCCCUGCCCCAGUAUUCACUAUCCAAAUGCCCCGUUUGAACAAUAGAUUUUAUUGACCACUGUAGUGAUUGCACUCAACCCUCCCACCCUCACCCGGGGUCUAGAGUAAGAGAGCAGUGCUACAGUAGGAGGCGCUGUUUCUCAUCUGUGCUGCUGGAGGACGGCAGAGGUGGGGGUUUCCUGUCCUGCUCUGAGUCCCCGGGCCUUUACAGAGCUCCUGCCGGAGCCGGCUGCAGCCUGGCUCCUGGUGGGCAGCUGAGUCAGGGAGAGCUGGGGGCUGUUCACCCAAAAUGAUCUUUCUCUGAAAGGUCCACACAGUCCUGGGAGUAACGUCCCUAAAUGUGGACACAAAUGCAUUUUCAAAGAGUGAAACUGUGUUUCUGGGAAUGGCUGAGGCUUCAGGGUGAGUCACUUUGAAAUCCCUCACAGGGUGAGCUGGAGUCUCCUGUGUCUGUUUAUGAUUGUGUAUUCUGAAUAAACCUCCAAACAUCAGGAAGUUGCUUCAGUUCACAUUAUGCUGAGCAGAAUUGACUGCCAAGGCUGGGGGGUACAGUAACCACUACUGACCAGUACAUUGGUCUCUAGCUUUCAUUCCUCUGAUUUGGGAAAGAUCAGAAAUGUGCUGAAUUCCAGAAAAGUUUGACUUCUGAAACCAUAUCUUCUUAACCACAAAUGUGGGCUUGCUCAAGGGAGAGGCCCUGUUCUGGGACUGCCUUCAGUUUUCCCAGUCAGCAGCAGUAAAUGGGGAGGGGUAAGGCCAGGGUAGCUGGUGGUUUCUCCAAAGGUGGUGCUUGGGGUGGGUGAGGUUGCAGGUCCCAUCCUGCUGAUGCCUCCAGAGUCCAGAAGUGACACAGGGCUGGGAAAUCCCUUCUUGGGUUGCCCCUCACCCUUGCCGCCACCCUUUGCCCCAGAGCUUCUUCCCUUUCGAUUUUUGCCCUGGUGUCAGCCCCUGGGUGAGCUGAGGGUACAGUGAAGACAGAGCUGGAUGGCAGCUUAGGGACUGCCGAGCUCCAGGGAGGGAAGUGAGACUGAAGUCAGAACUCAGGGUUUCAGAUUUGGUAGAUUCUUUUUUUUGGUAUGAAAGACACUUUUAGUGUUUUUUCCUCUUAUUUCUAAAUUUUGUAGACGAAUUCAGAGAAUGGAGAUCAAUAAAAGGAAUAGAAAUCACUUCAAAUCCAUGACCCAGUUGUAACAACUAAUAGCAUCUUGGUGUCUUUUUCUCUAGUGUCCUAAUAAUUGUUGUUACUUAUAAAGUUCCUGAAAACAAGUAGGAUCAUACUGUAAGGACUGUUUUGUGACCUGUGUUUUACACUUAAUAUGUGUUGAAGACCCAGUGGUUGGUUGUAGGGAGGAGGAGAUUGGUGAGUAAGUUACUCAAGGUGCACAGAUCAUUUAUCCUGGCUGAGAAAACAGAAUUAAUUAAUGUAACAAAUAUAUGUAAAUGUAUAAUUCUCCAACAAUCCUGAAGGCAGAAUUAUCAAAGACAUGGAAUAUUGUUCUUUUGAGGAGGGUGACUUUGAAAUAUAACAUUUAAGAGUGGGUCCUCUGAUUGUUUGCAUGCACAGGAUAACUCCAAUCUGAUUUUAAAGCAAAAGUCCCCCUUUAUGUCCUAAGACCACAGAUAAAGCUUUCAUUUCAGAUAAGCUCAUUGUGAUCAUUUCAGGGAGGGAAGGAUCAAGAGCAAUGGUUUGGAUGAGAUAAGACUUUCUGAAAAGAUGAGUGAAAACCAGAUCUCUCUGGGUAGGUUCACUGCUAAGUAGUUAAGGAGAUUGCUUGUCUUUAUGCUGGAGAAAGUCAAGGUCAAUACUUUGCAAGAAGCAGGUAGAAAGGUCACAAGACACAGCUGAGAAAGAUGGAUGGUGACAUAUGGAACAGUUUUCUCCCCCAAUAUUGAUUUUUGAAAAAUAACUUCCCUGGAGGAGUGCAUGCUAUGAACAACCCUAAAUGAAGUUAAAACUUUCCAUGUUUGCAUGCAGUAAAACUCCUGUAAUUGCAUCCCUCAGGUACCGUUUGGGGCCACACCCAGGCCCACAGAAGUGCAGACAGGCAGGAACUCUGGUGCUGUUCUGGCACAAACUGGGUUCGGAUCUCUUGAGGCACAGCCGGAUGGAACACAGGAUUUGCAGCCACAGACCGGGAUUUGGGUCUUGGCUUUCCCACUGACUGCUGAUAACAUGCCUCUCGCAUGUUUUAAUCACCACUUUGUCACCUGUAGAGUGGGUUAACCAUCCCUACUUCACAGAGCUAACGCAAGCAUUAAAUGAGUUGAGGUAUAGCUUUUGGCAUGUAGACUGUAGCUAUGAUUGUUGUCAUUGGCUCUAGUAGUUAAAUGAAGUGCUCAGAAUACAGCUUCCCCUUAGACUAGAAAUACCUGCCUGUCUGGGAGAAAUGGGGUCAUGACAGGGCUCUCCAACAUCCUUAUUCUAGCAAGAAAGAUGGAUUCUGUCACUUGUUACCACCACAGCUCUGUGCCUCGUUUUGACAGACUUUCAGAGUUGGGAAAUUAUCAGCAUUAUCAAUUAGCCCAUGUGGGGUAGUGGGUAAGAAUACGUGUUUUGGAUCCAAGACUGUCUGGGUUUGAAUCCCUGAUCUGCCUCCCAUUGGCUAUGUGACCCAGGGAAAGUCACAGACUCUCUAGGCCCCUGGUUAGUUUGGAUCACAGAAGGCCCUGUUUUCAGUCUCAGUCUCAGUCAAUUCCUCUCUCCAGGUAUAUAAAUAUAUAUGGUAGAUAUAUAUUCUUUGUUAUAGGGUUUCACUGACUGCAAGAAUUCAUUAUCAGCUACUUCCACAAGUAUUUGGGGGGCAUCUAAUAUACUCAAGGCCCCUGGGGAUUCAGAAAUCCAAGCCCUUAUCCUGUGUGAGCUCUGUUUGAUUCUUUCCAUGAAGCGUCAAGCUAGAGGUCCCAUCUGUAUAUGGUCAUAGCAUUCAAACUGUGCCAUCUUACACCAGGCAUUCAGGAAAAGUACCGAGAAGAAGGUAAAGUUUGAGUUGAGUCCCUGUAUUAACUAGGUCUCAUUUGGUUCCAAGUGACACAAAUCGAAGUCAAAUAAGCCUAAAAGAAAAAGGGGGACUUACUGGCUCAUGUAACUGGGAAACUCGGGUGUAGACUUCAGGCUUGACUAGAUCUAGGCAUCAUAAGGUAAUCAAGGUGCUCUCUUUUCAUCUCAAUUCUCUUCCCCUCCAAGUCACUCUCUGUGACCGAUAUGCUUUCUCACUGUGGCCAGGGAGGAGGGCGACAUGCAUGUCCUCCUGGCUUGGCCUCCCUAGUGGAACAAAGAACAGGGCUUUGCAAAUGUCAAUAGCUCAGUUCUGGGGGCGGAUUAUGAUUAUGUGCUUAGUCGCUCAGUCGUGUCCUACUCUUUGCGAUCCUUUGGACUGUAGCCCGCCAGGCUCCUCUGUCCAUGGGAUUUUUCAGGCAAGAAUACUGGGGUGGGUUGCCAUGUCCCCCUCCAGGGGAUCUUCCUCACCUAGGGAUUGAUCCUGUGGCUCCUGCAUUGCAGGCAGAUUCUUUACCCGCUGAGCCAUUGGGGAAGCCCAUAAUUAUGAUCACCAGUCAGUAAACAAGUGUUUCCCCUAUCUGAACGAGGGCUCUUUUGUUCGGUGCUGUAUUAUCAGUACCUAGAACACUAUGACCCAGAACAGCACAUACUAAGUUCUCAGUAAGUAUUUGUUAACUGAACGAACCAACUAAAUUUUGGCCAUGUGCCUACUUCAUAUGUAGGGAUGUGGGGUUUGCUACUUAAAGAAGGAGCCUGACGGACAAAUGUUCUGAGUACCCUAGUCCAUGAUCACCUCUAAGGUCCUGAGGCAUGAGGAAGACGUGGCCAGGAGCAGAGGAGUAGAAACUUCCAGGCAUGGGGAACAGUACAGGGAUGUGGGUGGGGGGCUGUGGGAAUAUGGGUAAUUUGGUUUGGGUAGGAAGAAUAUUGGACAGCAGGAAGAAGACAGGGUGGAAAAUGGGAUUCUGGGGUACCUUGGGUUGGGAUCUCUGAUGUUGCUUUUUGUUCCUCCGGCCCACCAUUUGCAUUCUGCAUCCUGCUCUCUGCCCUGGGAGGCUGCCCAGCGCAGGCAGUGUGAAUGAGCUUCCCUGCUGUCUGGUUUCUGGUUGGGUUUGGCCAGUGGGGGUUGGUAGGUGGUGGGAGUGAGAGAUGAAGAAGGAGUGAGGUCGGGGCACUAACUCCUCUGACUCUCUCCUGGCGGGUCUGUGUCGGCCCUAUGAUAGGAACAGAAAUUGAGAGAGUUUAUAAACUUUUAUAGCAAUUUGACAGAGAUAUUUUAUAUCUGUUACCUGUUGAAUCUAAUAAUAAAAAAUUGGGGCUUGUAUUUUA